AUGCAACAGAGACCACGGGAUGAGGCUUCUAUACCUAGCACGGCUCGAGAUUUCAAUGCUUUAUCGCCACUGCUCUCACUACCGGCCAGCUUUGGAUCUAUAUCCUUGGGAGAGACGUUUGCGAGUUGUCUUUGCUUGAUGAAUCAAACAAAUUAUGAAAUAGAAGGGGUUCAGGUCAGAGUUGAGAUGGUAUCUGCGACAUCCAAGAAUGCUCUAUUAGAGCUGGGUGGUCCUGAAUAUCGGUUGGGACCGUUGGGGACUCUUGAAGGAAUCGUGUCUUCAGAGAUCAAGGAACUUGGACAACACACCCUGAGUUGUAUUGUUCAUUAUCGAGUACCUCAAGGUCUUCGCCCACCCGCUCCAUCCGACGAUCCCUCUGAUCCCAGAGCGCAGCUGUUUCGAAAGCAUUAUCGAUUUCCAGUAAACAAUCCGUUCUCUGUCAAGAGCAAAGUCCAUUUACCAAAGUCUCCUACCGCUUUAAUGUCAAGGACCGAGCGUGAAAAGGUCUUUCUCGAAAUACACGUUCAAAAUCUGACUCAAGAACCAAUGUGGUUUGAGAGACUAGAAUUCAGACCAGUGGACGGGUGGACCUCUGCAGAAUCCAAAACGUCUGAUCAAAGCCCCAAGAUAACGAACGAAACAAAAGGUCGCAGCCCAAACUCCCUCAUCCAACCUCAAGAUACAAUGCAAUACGUUUAUACUCUCAUGCCAGCCGCGAUACCCAUCUUUCCGGUCAAGCCAGUUCCAGGCUCCGUCAUCCCUCUUGGACGAUUGGAUAUGAUGCUCUCGCGUAGGGUACCCCAAGCACCCUCUAUCGUAGUACCAUCCGCCCUCCCUCCACACCUCCAAAGGGCUAUCGCUCCUAUUCCACGGUCUCAUUCCCCUACUACUUCCACAGCCGUCUCGACACCUUCAACCAACAGUCGACCGUCAUCUCCAGUUCCCUACAAAUCGAGGCAACCUAACCGACCACAAACCCCAGUCCAAACGGCACCUCCACCCACUCCUUUCGUCACCGACAUACAAGUCGAUCUAGUGGUCGACAAGAUCCCAAAUAAAGAUGCGAUUCGGCUCAAUUCACCCUUUACUAUACACUUUACUGCCUCUGUAGCUGCAGCAGCACUUCACACCCGAGUUCGAGUCUUGAGACUCGCUGUACAACACACCAUCCCCUCCCGUCGUCCCAAUCCUUCUACACAGAAUAACACAGUCCCACGGGCCCCCGUCAUCAGUGCCAAUCUGACGAGCAGGGGUCAUUCACCGGCCCCUUCGGUAGCCUCGACACCUCGAAUACUGUCAAUGGAUUUCCAUCCUAAUGUCGUCCAAUCGCCGAGGAAGCAUAGGUCAAACAGGCAUGAUAUGACCCACACCACUUUUUCCUAUCCUUCCCCUUACUUGGACGAGUCGGAUAAUACUGGAGUACCGUCAGCGGAACCAGCGACUCAGAUUGGUACAGGUACAGUCGAAUUUCUGGGUACCUCGUUGGUCGAGCUUGCUACGUUCAGGCUUGCAGCCGAUUCGGACCCACUGCAAGCUGCGCCUACGGAACCCGGAGCCCUACCCGAUACGAGAAAGGUGUCAAGGCAAGAGUUUACGCUCGAUUUCCUACCUACACGAAUAGGUAUGGCCAAUGUGGGUGGACUUCGCCUUUUACUCUUAUCGGAUGAGGAGGAAAGGGAAGAGUCUGCACCACCGGAUUCUGCAACGUCUGUCUCUACCAAAAGAGGCACAAAGACAGAGGCGUGCGCGGGUAACCAGUAUCGGAGCGGUAGGACCACCAAAGACCACCACAAAGUGACUGAUGAGGAGCGCGAGAGAAAUGACAAUGAUGCUCGACCGACGAUAGUAGCCGAGGAAAACAAAGAGCACGAAAACAAAGGGGCCGAGUUCGAACAAAUGAUUAUGACAGACACCGGGCUAAUGGAGCCACAGCGAGGAUAA